GCUAGACAAAUAUUGCAGAUAGAUAUUACCGACAGAUAUUACCGCCAACAUGUCAAAAAUAGGAGACUCAAAAGCUCCCUCAGAGAACCCGUCACACACAAUUGACCAUGCCAACCCCUCAAUCUUCAAACCCAAGUAUCUCGUCCUCGACGAUAUCAACGUCGAUCUUCUCUCCUUCAACAUUCUCGCCGCAUCAGGGCUGGCUUAUUUAUUCUCCUGCCUCGAUGCAAAACUCGCAGCCGCCGUAGCGGCCACUGUUUUACCUCUCCGGCUCAUCUUUCCUCGUCCCAAAACCCCAACCGGCACAGUUCUGGUAACAGGCGCAUCAAGCGGGAUCGGCGCAGAGCUGAGUUAUAUCUUCGCGGAAAAGGGCCACGAUUUGAUUCUGGUUGCGCGAAACGAAGACCAGCUCAACGUCGUGAAGAACAAUAUACAGCAGAAGUACGGCGUCCGCGCCGAUGUCGUCAGCAUCGAUCUGUCUGUUCCGGGAUCCGCGCAAAGAGUGUAUGAUAUCGUGACAAAGGAGAAGCAGCUGACUGUGAACGUGCUGGUUAAUGGGGCAGCACUGGGCGCAGCGGGCGAUCCCUUCGAGCAACCGGUUGAGCUCGUUGAGCGCAUGACGACGCUGAAUUGUAUCUCGCUAGUGCAGCUGUCGCACUUGUUUGGGAACGAUAUGAUCAAGAGAGGCAUCGGGUGGAUGAUGCAUAUUUCGAGCGUUGGCUCGUAUAUCUCCAGCCCGGGCCAAAACAUCUACCACUCAACCAAGUACUUUGUCCGCGCCUUCUCUGAAGCUCUUUCUGUGGAACUUCGUGCCUACCCUGGAAUCGUAAACACACUACUCCUUCCCGGCCCUGCGGAAACGCAAUUCAUCACGCGAUCGCACGCCCAGGAAACGGUCAUGAUGGCUGCGUCGGGGGCGGUUGAGGAUCCCAAGUCCGUCGCGCAAGUCGGGUAUAAGGCGUUGUGCAAGGGCAAGCGAGAGGCGUUCAGUAGUUGGAACGCCAUGUUCACGAGUCUAGUCUUCAGCGUCGUGCCGAAGAGUGUACAUUUGACGAUGGCGAGCGUCUUCAAUCUACCCUUGCGGGGACGACUUAGGGCUAGGGAGCCGUUGGGUGAUCAAAGGGUUAGGGGGCAGACGUUGUGAUUCGGCCCUGGAGGUUCAGUCAUGGAUCCAUGGACGUAGGAGUUUGUGAUAUGUAUUCGGCUCACCCUUGAGAGUUCCUCAUCAUAAAGAACUCAUUAUUGGAACUGUCCUUUUUUCAACCUGAUGCGUGCAGCUUCGAAACUCAAGAGCAGGCCCGGAUACUGCGAUUAAGCGCAUGACAUGCAUAGCCGAGAUACUGUGUCUGACUGAGUAUAAAAUCCACAGUGACGUUAGUCGCUGUUCCUACGCCGUGGGGGCAAGUAACGCCAGCCUGUUUAACCCAGGGGUGGAUGCCCAUCAAGGGUUGAUUGGAUGAGGGCCAGGUCAGUCGCCUAGUAGCACAUUAUUACAAUACUCUC